GUCUAGCUAUGAAACAUGUCUUCUCAGACCUCAGUUUUCGAUGGCAUGGAAGCAGCUCCUUCCGACGCUGUAUUCAACGUACUGGCUAAAUACAAGGAGGACGCCUUCCCCCAAAAAGUCAACCUAUCAGUUGGCGCUUACAGGGAUGAAGAGGGCCAGCCCUGGGUACUGCCCGUUGUAAAGACAGUAGAGACACAGAUGAGCUCUGAUGUGAUGCUCAAUCACGAGUACCUCCCCAUUGAUGGGCUCGAGUCAUUCACUGAAUCUGCAACAAGACUUGUACUGGGAUCAGAUGGACCAGCUGUAACGCAAAACAGAUACUGUUCUAUUCAGUGUUUAUCUGGUACUGGUAGCAUCCGUGCAGCAUUGGAACUAAUCAGGAAAUUUCUUGAAAUUGACACAAUUUAUAUAUCUAAUCCAACUUGGUCUAAUCAUCGUGGUAUUGCUAGCAACACUGGCUUCACUCAAAUUAGAGAAUAUCGUUACUUUGAUCCGACCACCAGAGGACUUGAUAUCGAGGGAAUGAUUCAAGACUUGAAGUCUGCUACUGAAGGAUCAGCUGUGAUACUGCAAACUUGUGCCCAUAAUCCUACAGGAGUUGAUCCUUCAAAGGAAGAAUGGAAGAGGAUCUUUGAAGUACUCAAGGAGAGGAGCCUAUUUCCUUGCACCAUUUGUUUUAUUUUAGAUGAGAGAGUGGGUCAAUUGUGUUGCGUCCUAACAAGUCCAGAAAUGGCAGGAAUUGUGUUGACACAGCUUAAAGUGAUAGCGAGGAGGCUUUGGUCUAACCCACCACAUCAUGGAGCAAGGAUUGUAGCUACUGCUUUAAACAACUCAACACUGUACCAGGAAUGGAUUGAUAAUAUAACAACAAUGACAGGACGCAUAAAGAAAAUGAGGGAAGAAUUGUAUCAAAGGUUGGUAGUGUUGGGGACUCCUGGAGACUGGACACACAUACUGAAACAGAUUGGGAUGUUCACUUACACUGGACUUAAUACUUCACAAGUUGAUGUUCUUGUCAAGAAGUAUCAUAUUUAUUUGCUCUCCAGUGGUAGGAUCAAUAUAUGUGGUCUCAAUUAUGGUAACCUUGACUAUGUUGCUAAUGCCAUUCAUGAGGUAGUUGUCGCUGGCCAAUAACUUUCCUGACUUGACUAU